CGCCAGCGAGCCAAGACCGAGGCGCUGGUCGAAGGGGCCGCGGCGUCUCUCAACGCCAUGGCGCGCUGCCAGCCGGGAAGGGUUCUUCGCGCAGAGGAGCCUCGCCGUCUUUUUGAUGCCGACAUCGCGCCCGUGCAGGACGCGAUGUCGCGCAACGUUGCCAGAGCAGCUAAGCAGUUCGCGCCUGCGCCCGUCGUCGCGGAGGAGUUCCCCGAGGGCGCCCUGGCCGAGCUGGCGCAGUGCAAGUCUAUCUACGACCUGGACGGGGACUCCGCCCAGGCUGACUACGACCCCUCGAAGCUCAAAGUGCUCGAGCGGACCUCCGUGCCGCUGGACGCCCUGGACGUGGUGGGCGACGAGCGCCGCAGGUACCUCCAGGACCUGGACAACCUCAUCGUCCUCCCGCCCGACGAGCUCGCCUCGGUGGACGCGCCGGUCAAGGCGCACUGGGACAAGCAGUUCGCACGGCCAGGCGCAGCUCGACGGGAGUUCAUUCGGCGCCUCGACAAGGUCGGGCUCGUGGCCUGGCGGCUCCGCGCCCGAGCAGAGUGCGGGGUUUUCUUCGUCAAGAAGAAGGAGGGCGCUAUCAGGCUGGUCCUGGACUGCCGCCCGACGAACCAACUCCACCGUCGGGCGCCCAAGUCGCACUUGGCGAAACCUGGGGCGUUGGGGAACCUCGUGCUCUCGGACGAGUGGAGCGAGCUCUCGGCGAAGGCGCUCGGCUUCGAGGGCGGGUCCGACGCGGCGCUGGAGGUCGCCUGCGCAGGCAUGGACCUCAAGGGCGGCUUCUACCAGUUCAGGGUGGACUCCGUCGCCAGCUGGUUCUCGCUCGGGGAGUCCUUCACCGCUGCCGAGGCCGGGGUCACCUCCGUCUACAGCGACGAGAAGGCGUGCUUCGUGGAGGUCGGGCCCGAGGACCGCCUCUGGGUCUGCUUUGGCGGGCUGCCGAUGGGCUGGAGCUGGGCGCUGUUCUUCUGCCACGGCGCGCUCGAGGCAGCGGCCCGCCGGGCUCUCAUCAGCCUCGGCCAGCCCGCGACCACGCUCGCCGACUGGGGGCCGCCGCCGCCCUUCUGCCGCGACUCGGUGGUCAUCGCGCCGUACGUCGACAACGGGGACCUCAUCGCUGGAUCGCCAGAGGCCGCGCGGCGCGGCUACGACGCCUUCCGCUCCGAGCUGUUGCGGCUCGGGUUCGUCCUCCGCGAGGAGCAGGAGCCCCGACCCGACUUCGAGCUCGUGGGUCGCGAGAUCCGCGGGAGGAGGCGCAUGCUGCUACCCCGGCGGCGGCGCAUGUGGCGGCUGUGGUUCGCGCUCGACGAGCUCAUCCGCCGGCCGGCGCUGGCGCCGUCGCAGAUGCGCCGCGUGGUGGGGCACCUCGUCGACCACUUCUCGGCGCGGCGGGAGCUGCUCUCCAGCCUAUGCUUCGUCUACCGCUUCAUCGGCGACGGGGCGGGGCCCGCGAGGAGGCUCGACACCGCGACGCUGGAGGAGCUCCGCAUCAUCCAGGGGCUGCUGCCGCUCGCCGUUGUGGAGCUCGGGCGGAGCAUCGCUGGUGUGGCGCACUGCUCCGAUGCCUCUGAGCAUGGCUUCGCCGCCCACCGCACCGUCGUCACCGCGCGCGAGGCCUGGGGUGCCGCGCAGUUUCAUGAGCGAUGGCGCUUUCGGGAGCCUGAGCCGGAGUCGCUCGGGCUCGACCGCAGGCGAGAGCUCCUGGGCGCCCUGCCGGGCGGCCCCGAGGCGGUGCUUGAGGGCGCCUUCACCGACUUCGCGCGCGACUACCUGCUGCGGGACGUCGCCGACGCGAGGACACGGUACGUGCCCGAGUGCCAGCCGCUGGUGGAGGUCGCCGGGCGGGUCCCGACCCUCAGCGCCUCUUGGGGCGAUCCGCGGCGGUGGGAAGCCGUGGUCAUCGGCAAGUGGAGGAAGCCGGACAAGAUUCACAACCUUGAGGCCCGGGCCGCGAUCAUGGGGCUCGAGGAGUAUUGUAGCGACCCGGACCACCACUCGUCCGUCGUCCUGUCUCUCGGUGACAACAUGCCGGAGGUCCUGGCCAUUGGGCGAGGCAGGUCGCGCACGUGGGACCUCCUGGCGCUGGUCAGACGCGCAGGAGCCUGGCAGGUGGCCGCCAACGCGCGCUGGGCGCGGCGCCACAUCGAGACGCACCGCAACCCCAGCGACUACGACAGCAGGCUGCCCCACCUCCGGCCAGGCGAAGUCCGGCGCGGCGCGGCGGCUCGCCAGCUGGACGCCGGGCGGCCGAGGGCCGCGCUCUGCGGGGCGCCAGGCCAGCCUGCCCUCAGCGCCGAGGCCCCUGGCCCCCCCGCCCGCGGACCAGAUCCGCUCGAGCGGGAGCCGCCAGGCCGUCUGCGAGACAGACCGCCGCGGGAGCCCAGCGACCGCCGGCCGCCUCGGCAGCAGCAGUACUUCCUGGAGCUCUUCGCGGGGUGCAUGCGGCUCACCGCCUGCGUCGCCGCGCUCGGCCUGGCCGUCGCCGUGCCCGUCGACCUCGAGCUGGGGUCGCACUUCGACGUCAGCCGCCGUGAGAUCGCGGAUGUCAUCGUCGGCUGGAUCGAGGCGGGGCUGGUCUGGGCCGUCGCCCUGGGCACGCCCUGCACGCGCUGGAGCGCGGCUAGGCACGCUCGGCGCGAGGGAGCCGUUGGCCGCGCCGGGCUGGUCUGCGCGCGCUUCACCGUGCGCGUCCUGGACGCUUGCGCUCGGCAUGGCGCGCGCGUGGUCUUGGAGAACCCGCGGGCGUCGAGGCUCUGGCAGUGGCGACCGCUCGUGCGUCAGCUCCGCCGGCUCAAGUGCGAGCUCCACGUGGUCGACCAGUGCGCCUACGGGGCCGCGUGGAAGAAGCCGACCGGGCUCGCCUCGAACAUCGAGCACUUCGGCUCCGUGGCGCGGCGGUGCCCAGGCUGCCGCCAGCACGUCGUGCUCCAGGGGAAAUGGGAGGGGGCGGGCCAGCACUGGGACGGGCUCGACCUUGGCGCCGAGCUCGGCAUCCUUGAGCAGCACCGGCGGCACGAGCAGUGCUACGCCGCCGUGGCGCACGCGGUCGGACGGCUGCCCAAGAAGGACGACUACGACGCCAGGGAUCGCAUCAUGGCGGGCUACGUGGAGGACCUCUGCCGCGCCGGCGACACGGUCACCGCGGCGAGGUACGCUUUCCACGGGGUCGCCUUCGUCAACGACUGGCCUCGGCGCUCCCCCGACCUGCUGCCCAAGACGCGGCUGUCCAUCCUGGCCUUCGCUAGGUCGUCCCCAGAGCACUGCCGUGACCCGCCUGCGGUCGAGCUGGUGCUGCUCGUGCUCAACCACUUCCUCGACCGGGCGGUGGGCGAAGAUUGCUUGCGCAUGGCCCUCAUCGCCGCCCACGGGGCCAUCAGCUUUGAUUGCUACCUGCGGCCGUCCGAGGGCCUCGAGCUCACCGCUGGCGCCGCGGGGCGACCGCGCCGUGGCGCGGCCGCGCAAGGCUGGACCAUCACCGUGGCGCCAGCGGGGAUCGACGCCAAGCCGGCGAAGAACCGCCGCUUCGAUGCCAGCGUGCUCGUGGGCGCCCACGGGAGGCAGUGGGUCUGCGAGGUGCUGGAGCUCCUCGUGGCCGACCUCCAGCCGAACGAUCGGGUGUUCAGGAUGCACCAGCUGCCCGACCUUGAGAAGGAGUAUCGUGCCGCUUCAGCCGCGCUCGGUUUCCGUGUGGUCGCUCACGGGCUACGACAUGCUGGCCCGUCUCACGACGCCGUGGUCCACAAUGUGAAGAUAGAGGACGUGCAAGCACGGGGACGCUGGGCCUCCCUGGAGUCGUGCCGCAUCUACACGAAGCCAGCGACCUUGGUUCGGUCGCUGAACGCCGUGAGCGACGACCUCCUGGACCGCGCUGGUGCCCUGAAGGCGACCUUCUGCCGGAGGCUCUUGAGCGUGCUCCGCGAGGGGCUUGGAGCCCCGCCCAGCAGAG